AUGUCUUCGGAUUCUAGUUUUGCUUCUCUUCAUAAAACCGGGACUCAAGCUAUCCCCGAUAGUAAGUCGCUUAGCAAUACCCGCUCCAACAGCGCUGAUGUGACCUCCAACUCCUCGCAACCCACGGGAGAUUUGAAAGACGAUGAAAAGAAUGUUUUCGAUUCUUCGUCAGAACUGGAGAAAGGAUCGAACCAUUCUACUAGUGAAUGGAAGAAAUUCUUUGACGUCUUCAUUUGUGGUGUUGCCCUGAUUUCCGAUGGUUAUUGCUCCAAUUCUAUCGGUACUGUCAUGACAAUAUUAAAAAAGCUUUACCCCAAAGAAACCACCACCAACAAGUCUAUGCAAGAUGUCGGUAUGAUUGCAUAUGUUGGUACUGUUAUUGGUCAAUUGACGUUUGGUUGGUAUUCUGAUUUUUUCGGUCGUAAAAAUGGUAUGAUUACUGCUACUCUUAUUCUCUUAAUAUCUACUGCUCUUUGUGCUGGCGCUUAUGGUUAUCACGGAAGUAUCAAUGGUAUGAUUUCUGCUUUGAUUGCUUAUCGAUUUUUCCUUGGUAUUGGCCUUGGCGCAGAAUACCCUUGUGGCACCGUGGCUGCUUCCGAGAAUUCGAGCCAAAUGAAGUCUGGUAGACGCCACGGUUCUUUUAUCUUUGUAACUGGUUCUGCAAUUGACAUGGGAUUUGUUUUAGGUGCUUUUGUUCCGUUCGUUUUAGUAUGUAUAUUUGGUGAGCAUCAUCUUCGAGCUGUUUGGCGUAUGUCGAUUGGUUUAGGUUGUGUCAUUCCUCUCCUUCUUCUGGCUUUUCGUUUGCCGAUGAAGGAAAACGGUAUCUUCCUCAAAUCUCGAAUUCCUUAUACAAAAAUUCCAUGGCCUGUCGUCAUUCGUCUCUAUGGUGUUCGCUUUGCUGUGAUUUGCCUCGUUUGGUUCGUCUACGACUUGUCUGCAUAUGCAUUUAGUUUGUAUUCUAGUACUAUCGUAAGUGGUAUUCUUCCUCCAGAUGCAUCCAUUGUGAGAAGCUUUGGAUGGAAUACUCUUAUUAACACUUUUUACCUUCCUGGUUCUUGGUUAGGUUGUAUAUUUUCCGACAUUAUUGGUCCAAAGUGGUGUUUGGUGUCUGGUUUAGUCUUACAAGGUACGAUUGGUUUCUUUAUGUCUGGCUUUUACAACCAAUUGGUUCACCGUAUUGCUGGCUUCUGUGUUAUAUAUGGUAUCUUCUUGUCAAUGGGUGAGUUUGGCGCUGGUGGUAACAUUGGUUUGAUGGCUUCCAAGACUUCUCCUACUGCCAUCCGCGGUAUCUAUUAUGGUCUUGCCGCUGCUAUUGGAAAAUGUGGUGCCAUUGCCGGUGUUUACGCUUUUGGCGGUAACCAAAUCCGAAUUUACUUUUAUGCUGCUAGUGGAAUGGCAAUGUUCGUAGCCAUUAUAUCCUUUUUCUUCCUUCCUCAUAUCAAUCAAACUUGCAUUGAAGAUGAAGAUCAACGCUUUGUGCAAGCUUGUAUAGAUUCCGGAUACGGAAAUCCCUAUGAUCAUGAAGAGACCGUCCUCGCCAAAGCAUAA